AUGGCUUACACCGUCCGCAACGUCGGCGCCCUCAACUCCCUCGAGUGGCGGGCCUACAUCGAGAAGGACGGCGUCCCAAUCUCCCCCUUCCACGACAUUCCUCUCUACGCCAAUGAGCAGCAGACCGUCCUCAACAUGAUCGUCGAGAUUCCUCGCUGGACCAACGCUAAGCAGGAGAUCUCCAAAGAAGAAUUCCUGAACCCCAUCAAGCAGGACACCAAGAAGGGCAAACUGCGUUUCGUCCGCAACUGCUUCCCCCACAAGGGCUACCUCUGGAACUACGGUGCCUUCCCACGAACCUGGGAAGACCCCAAUGUUGUCCACCCCGAGACCAAGGCCAAGGGAGACAACGACCCUCUUGACGUCUGCGAGAUCGGCGAGCUCGUCGGCUACCCCGGCCAGGUCAAGCAGGUCAAGGUCCUCGGCGUCAUGGCCCUGCUCGACGAGGAGGAGACCGACUGGAAGGUCAUCGUCAUCGACGUCAACGACCCUCUUGCUCCCAAGCUCAAUGACAUCGAGGAUGUCGAACGCCACCUCCCUGGCCUCCUCAGAGCCACCAACGAGUGGUUCCGUAUCUACAAGAUCCCGGACGGCAAGCCAGAGAACCAGUUCGCCUUCUCCGGCGAAUGCAAGAACUCUAAGUACGCCAUGGAUGUUAUCCACGAGUGUGCUGAGGCCUGGGAGAAGCUUAUGUCUGGCCAGUCCCCCGCUGGCGGCAUCUCUCUCUGCAACUCUACGCUCGAGAACCACCGUGCUGAUCCCGCCAAGGUCGAGUCCAUCCCAAGUGCCUCCAAUCUGCCACCUGCCGCUAUCGACGGCAGCAUUGACAAGUGGUUUUUCAUCUCCGGUGCCGCUGUCUAA